AUGUUCCUGAACACAGCGACUCCCCGGCGGCCGUUUACCAUCCCCAUUAACAUCAACCUGCAGGGGGCUCGCAGGCAGCAGACACGAGAGUUUCUUCACACAGCACAGGAGCAGGAGUGGAGUAGAGGAGUAGAGGGGCAGCAAGCUCGGACACAGAUGCCCGUGUCGAGUGUCGGGGAGGACCGAGCCAUCCUGCUGGGCUUCGCCAUGAUGGCCUUCUCCGUGCUCAUGUUCUUCGUGGUCGGCAUCACUGUGGUCAAACCUUAUGUUAACAGUCACUGGGAGGAGGCCAGCUGUGUGUUGCUGCAGGCCGACAUCCUGGAGGAGUGGGUGGACUGCAGAGGUGUGAGCACUGUGCCUUGCCUCAGGGUUAUGGUCAACCUCACCGACUCCAAUCAGAAGGCUUUUCUCCACUUUGACGAGGAGUCGGCCCCCCUCACUCCUGAGUGUUUCUACAUACCCAAAUGUCAGAUGGACAGAACAGAACUUGAUGAGGAAGUCCUGAAAGUGAAAAACAGCUUGGACACUCGGCUGGGGGGCACGAUAUCGUGCUUCGCUGACCCGGCAAGGCACCCUCGGGACGUCAUCCUGAGCAGGAAGAACACCGUUAAGAACGCCCUGUUUGCAAUGAUGUGGCCCUGUCUGAUGCUGGGUGGCGGCGCUCUGCUGGUGGGCCUUGUGAAGCUGACACAGUGCGUUGCCCAUCUCUCCUCCAAGAUGUGCAGUGGGGCUGCAGUGGGCAGGCUGGCAUCAAGAUUCACUCAGGGCAGACUGUACCGAACCCUCCAGAUAUCCAGCAUGCAGUCUCCGUCAUGA